UAAAUUCUGUUGUUUACAUUAAUCUUGUUUGAACGUUUGAAUCGUACGGACUUUCCGCACGGGUGUCGUGUUUUUUUUUGUAUGUUUGCGUUUGCGCUCGUACAACCUGAAGCAAUAAAAAAUACAUACAAUUGAAUACAAAAACAGUGCUAAUAGCAAAUUGAACAAAUCAGUGCAUUUCACUCGCAACAGAUUGCAAUUUGCAGCUACACAUAUGCAAUUUGCAAUGCUCUCUCAAAAGGUACGUGACUUUGCCGCUACCUGAUUUUGAGCACUCGUGUGUGUGUGUUUGUUUGUGUUUGGCAACCAAGAAAUUGUACAAAGAAAAGUUCAAGUGAAAGCUCAACACCAAAAAAUAAAAGAAAAUAAAUUAUAACUUGAAGAGAAAAAAACAAAAACAAUGGGCACUAGAUAUCAACUCAAUCCAAGUGAAAGAAAGAUACAUGAAAGUAUGUGGUUCACAAAGGUGGCACCGGUUGCAACGGUACUCUCGCUGCAUCCCCCACCCCCGCCUGUCCGCCCCGUAAUGUCCUCGCCCGCCAUCCGAGGCAUUCGUCGCAAUCUCUUUGGCAGUCCUGGCGAUGGUGAAGUUGAUGCAAUGUUAAACUCGCAACAGGAGAAACAAAUCGACUAUGUUAAAAAUCGUUAUAACAUUGAUUUAGUCUUAGAGGAAAACUGCAAUCAACAGAUCUCGAUCUCAGCUGUGAACAAAUGUGACAGUGCAAAGAAACAUUUUGGAGCUUCAAUGCCAUAUGCGCGUCUGCAAGGCAUUAAACGUACUUACCAGGUACGCAAAGCCAACACUGCAAUUUCGAAUGUGCCAAAACGUAUACGUGAUAAUAUAAGUAGCGAAAUGGGGACAAAUGGGCAAAAGGAGAAGUAUGUGCAGCAGCAAAAGGAACAACAAAAACAACAACAACGCAAAGACGAAGACGAAGAAGAAGAAGACGAAAAAUAACGGCAAUAAUUAAUAUUUAUUAUACAAACUUUUAUUAUUUAAAUAAUUUAUGUUUUUUUUAUAUGUGUAUAUUUUUGUUUAAACAAAACCAAGACUUAACAGUCCAAAUUAUUGCUUAAGCUUUUGUUGCAAAGCACACACACACACACACACAUACAAAUACACACGCACACAAAACAAAAAAAACAAAAAACAAAAAAAAUGUGCCACGCGUGCAGAGCCAAACGUAAUUUUUGAUUAUUUUUAUUUGUAUUAUUAUUAGUUAUAUUGGCAAUACGUAAAAUGUAAUGACAUUACUUAAUACUAUAAUUACUUUGACAUUUAGCCACAGUUGUAAUUAGUAAAUAUAAAUUAAGAAUUAUUAAUUAGCUCGACAAACUGUGCAUCUAUUAGAUACAUAGAUACUCAUGAUAGCCCCACCCCCAAUACCAAUUUCAAAGCGUUCUCAGCGUGUUUCUGGCUUUUGAUGCACGCGUGUGCCGAAAGUAUUUACAAUUUGACAUGAUCUCAAUUAAAACAACAAUUUAUUAAAUUAUUAUUUUGCCUAAAUGUAAUUUAAUUGAAAUUAUUGUAUUUUAAAUUCUACACACUCUCUUACACAAACACACACACACACACUCACUCAAAAUCAUAUAUACACACACACACACACAGUUUAACAGUACAACGAUUUUGAUCUUGUAUUUAUUGUAAAUUUUUCCAUUCUAUAUUGUAAAAAUUCGAAUUACUUUAAACAAAAUCUUCAACUAUUCUUCAAAUGUGUAUGUUGGAAGAAGUAGAUAAACAAAAACACAAACUGUGCAUAUUUCCUUAAAUGAAACUAUAAAUUGUAAAGCUUACACAAUACAAAA